AUGACAUCAACCACAACAACUCCGUCUACGGGAUCAACUGCAGCUCAAGAGAAUCUUAAACGCAAAUCAAAUGAUCCUGGAUGGGAAUAUGCAGUGUGUGUGAAUCCUAAGAAAUUGGAGCGAGUGAAAUGCAUUUUAUGUAAUAAAGAGAUGGGCGGGGGAAUCAAUAGACUAAAACAACAUAUUGCACAAAUUAAGGGAAAUGUUUCUUCAUGCCCAAAGUCCACAAAACAUGACCAAAUAAAAUGUAGAGAUGCUCUUCUUGAUAACCAAAAUAAAAAGAAGGGGAAGGUAGAUGAAAAUGAGUCUUUAAGAGUACAAGUGAAUAUUAGAAGUAGUGAGAAUGAAACCAUUACAAUCGAUGAUGAUUUGAUGGAAGAUUCAUUUGGCUCUAAGAAGGCUAAACGUGCUUUUGAGCCUAUGGAUCGGUUUCCAAACACUAUCAACCCCCAAGAUGUUUCAAACAAGGGAAAGAGCAAACAAGAAAAUAUGUCAAAUGUUAUUCGUAAGGAACACAUGAUUCGUGUGAAAGAAUAUAUUUGUAGAUGGGCCUAUGAAUGUGCCAUUCCUUUUCAUGCCUUUGAAAAGGACAGCUACAAAAUUAUGUUGGAGGCGGUUGGCCAAUUUGGACGUGGGGCACCACCUCCAACUAGAUAUGAGAUGGGAGAAACAUAUAUAAAGAAAGAAGUAGAAAGAACAAUAAGUUUCUUGACACCAUACAAAGACGAAUGA